GCCCAUCUGCUCAAGCUAGCUGAUGCACCUCUCCCCGCUCUGAGGAGUUAAGUAGGGAUGCCUGUCUCGAAAAAAGUUUUCGAGAGCCCUUAUCGACCAUGAUCUGGUCCUUGAACUCCACAAUCGGCCACAGUCCCUUCCUCAUUCAUAUCUUGCAUCAGAAAGACCGUCUGUGCAGCAGUGCUAGUGCUGAUAGCUCCACAACCUCUCCUUUAUCUCGAGUCAGUUAAGGACGGCUAGUCCCCCCUUCAGAUACACUUUCAUAAACAAGCCACGCCACUGUUUGUCCCGCUGUCAACCAUCCGUUCGUUCGUCGUUAUUAUUAAAGUUUCAUCCCCAGCUUUGACCUUGGGACAACCUUCUUCACACGCAUAAUAUACUGCCCAGGCUUGGCAAAACGAGGCGUCAAUGGCUUCAGCAUACUCGAACGCCUCGCUCGAUCCGCUACCAGACGACAUUCGAAAUGGCAUGAUUGCAAUGGGAUUAUUUGGACUGGUGUCCACAAUCUCGACCUUCACUUUGAUGUCCUUCAUCACCUAUCGUAUGAUAUACUGGAAGCGGUACUACGAUCAACCCAUUCACAAGAAUCAAGUCUUCGUCCUGAUUUAUAACCUCCUUCUGGCCGAUUUUCAGCAGGCUCUGAGUUUCCUGAUAUCUUUCCACUGGUUGGCGCAGGGAAAAUUGGUUGGACCGAAUACGCAAUGCUUUGCUCAAGGAUGGCUCAUUCAAAUUGGAGAUAUGUCCUCCGGACUCUGGGUGCUGUCCAUCGCAGUCCACACUUUCGUUAGUCUGGUUGGCCAGAAACAGAUACGCCAUAGGACCUUCGUUGCAUGCGUAAUAUCAUUAUGGACAUUCUGUCUCUUUCUGACAGCAAUUGGACCACUACUCAGCAAAGACGAUUUCUUCGUCCCCGCUGGUGCAUGGUGCUGGAUAAGUGACACCCACGAGAGCGAGCGUCUCUACCUCCACUACCUCUGGAUCUUCAUCUCCCAACUCGGCUCCCUCGUAAUCUACAUCAGUUUAUUCUUCUUCCUACGCGGACGGCUCUCCAACGGACCUCUCUCCAAUCCCUCUCUAUCAUCCAACUCCCAGGACCCGACCUCAAACAUGGUCUACUACCCCUUCGCCUACGUCGCGCUCACGUUACCGCUAGCUUCUGCCCGUGUAGCAUCUAUGGCUGGCCGGACGCCGCCUUUGGUGUUCUUCCCCGUAGCGGGUUCGCUCAUGGCAUGUUGCGGCGCAAUUGACGUGAUCCUUUAUAUCUCGACGCGAAAAGCGCUGGUGAAGAGCUCAGUGGGUAUGAUCGGGUCUGGAUACUCGGAGAACACGAACGCACUGAGGCGAUUCAGGACAGGAGAGGAGGAGCGACAGCAAAGGGAACGGAGUAUCAGGAUGAAUAGGAUGGAGUCUGAUGUAGGCGUGGCGAACAGUGCGUCGCAGGGCAAGAAGGGGUUUGGGGAUAUUGUUGUUAGUCAGACCGUGGUUAUGAGCGAAGAGGGGUCGGUGGAGGAGGGGAGGUCGCCUGGGGGAGCGGGAGGGGAUGGGAGGAGUGAGCGGAGUGAUAGUUUGAGGAGUUUGGUGAGGAGGAAGGACGAGGAGCAGGAGGAUUUUGAGCGGCAGCAAAAGAGUUGGCUUGCUUGA